AGCAAAUAUUCCCGUCAAAGAACGGCUGCGUUGUAGGAGAGUGACACCGCAUUCAAUGUUGGUACAUGUUGCUACAACAGCUUUUCCUUAGUACUAAAUUAGUGACCUAGAUUUUCACUAGAAAUGUGCUUAAAUGUUACGGGCGGUUGUAUAGAAAUAACCCCCUUCUCCGUGUCAAAAAUAGACAAGUCUUGGAGCUAACCUACAGCAAAAGUUCUGCAAAGAUUUUGUUCAGAGUUUUAAUUUCACGCUAAAAUUGCCAACAUGGAGAUUCACGAAGGGGCAGCGGUAGCAAGCGACAGCGUGCUGGACUUUUCCCGUUUGAGUCUGACCACUUUCAACGUUAACAGUGUCAGCGACGAGAGAAAAAGGGACACCAAACAGCUCUACCUGAACUACAACCGACUAGCCUCGCUACCCUUGUCGGUCAGCCUUUUCUGCAACCUCGAGUUUUUGGACAUCAGCAACAACGGACUGUCUGCCAUCUGUGAGGGCAUUACUCGACUGACGAGUCUGAAAACCCUGAUAGCCAAGAACAACCGCCUGGACGAGUUUUCGCUGCCCAAAGAGUUCGGCUCUCUGCAGCUGGAGGUGUUGAACUUUAGUGGGAACCGAUUUGAGGAGAUCCCACUUCAGUGUAUGAAACUGCUGCGUCUGCAGUCGCUUUCAUUCGGCGGAAACAGACUGAAAAGUAUACCUGAAGAGAUAGAAAAUCUAACCAGUCUGGAGCUGUUGUAUCUGGGUGGAAACCUCAUCACCGCCAUUCCCCCAGAAGUGGCUAACCUGCCCUACCUCAGCUACCUGGUCCUAUGUGACAACCGCAUCCAAAGUGUCCCCCCGCAGCUCACCAGGCUCCACUCGCUGCGAUCUUUAAGUCUCCACAACAACUUGCUCACUUACCUGCCGAGGGAGAUCCUCUGCCUGGUGCACCUGCAAGAGCUCAGUCUCCGUGGCAAUCCACUGGUGGUGCGCUUUGUCAAGGAGAUGACCUACGACCCCCCGUCACUGCUAGAGUUGGCAGGACGUACCGUCAAGAGCCGAAAUAUUCCCUACUACCCAUACGAUCUGCCGUCAAACCUGCUGCGCUACCUAGACCUGGCCAGCAAGUGCCCCAACCCCAAGUGUGCCGGCGUCUACUUUGAUUCAUGUGUGCGGCAGAUCAAAUUCGUGGACUUCUGUGGAAAGUACCGGCUGCCCCUCAUGCACUACCUGUGCUCCCCAGAGUGCACCUCUCCCUGCAGCUCCAACCCCCAGAGUGACGCGGAGUCGGAGGAAGAGAGCAGCGUGCCUGCUUACCGCCUGCAGAGGGUGCUUCUGGGAUAGUAUGAUGUGGAGGAACCUUUGACCCUUUGGACAAGCCCAGCCUUGUCGGUCUGUCACUGUGUUCAACAUUUAUACAGAGAUUCAAAGUUGGCGGUCAGACUUUGCUGCACACGUGCCUCAUUUGCACUGCAUGGUUCGGCUCAACUUGACUCCACUCAACUCCCUUUUGGUACCAGGUGCUUUUUCUCUAUUUGUUUUCCACUGCGGAUAGUACCCCCUCAGUCUAGGCAGCAUUCUCAGCUGAUUGCCAUAGCAAUGCUGUGUGAAACUGCCCUGGCCUAUCAUCUUCAACGCAUCACUCGUGGAUCUUUUCAUCGGCAACGGUGUCUGCACUUUGUCAAUUGUACGACGUAGUGAACAUAGUGUACAGCAUAGUUUAGUGUGCUGCCAUUUUUUUUUUAAAUCUGGGGUGAGUGAAUAAAAAAUAUUGCAGUCGCUAUUGACGGUAGCUUGGCUAUUUAAAAAUGACGGGUUUGUGCUGUUAGUGACAGUUCUCUCUGACCAAUCAGUGGUCCGCAGUGUUUUAACUCUACUUUCUAUCGACUCAGCUCACUUGGAAUCAUACCAAGGUGGUACCAAAAAAGUACCAGGUACCAGGUACUAUUCACAACUUUUGCAAAUUGAAAACCAAAAAAGAGCGAGUCGAGUAUAGCCGUGCCGUACCAUGCAAUGGAAAUGUGGCAAUAAACACACAGAAACCGUAACACACUGUUUAACUGUCUGUCAGCCUGUGUGGCUGUAUGGAGACCGACUUCCUCCUGGGGUUCUGAAAACACGGUAACUCCCAUUUUAUGAAACCUCUCACCACACAUCGCUCGCAUAACACAAGUAAAGGAAAGCUCCUAGUUCCCAUGUAGCCAUGCAAAUCCACAGUCCGUCAGUCAUGACUUCAUCAAAGUGCUUGGUCUCCUGGCCCAGUAUAGGAGGGCAUUUGAAACUCAGUGAAGACUGAUGGAGCAGCAGGAUUAUUUUCCUUUUUCAGGGCAGUUACUUUAUCUUCCAUACCACGCUUUGUGCUUCUUAGUAGCAACAGCACAUUAUUCUGCAUUUUCUCAAAGUUUGGAUAUGAACAAUGUAUUUUUUUUGUCCAGCUACUGGUGACACCCAGAUUUCAUUUAAAUGUCUCAUACCAGGUGAGCUUCAAAACUGCCAUGCCAACUAGGAAAAAAGUUAAAAUAUGUAUGCAAAAACUAUGACAUUAGUUUUACAAUACAGUAUUCUAAAUUGA